AUGUCCCCUCCCAAACGGAAGCGUUCUGGUCGCGAAUUAAAAAGUCGAAGCCUGAAUGAUCUAUCUGGUCCUAUGAUUUCCGAUGUUGUAAGCUCUGAGCGUGCCUCGGAAGAUCCUGCUUCUGCUAUUUUUCACAAAUGUCCAAUUGAGCCGGACAGCGAGAUGAAGCGCGUGGAAGAUGAUGCGGAGGUGCCUCACUCGGGCAAACCGGAAUCGGAGACCGUUACUGGAGGCCUCCCGGAGAAGAUCCCUGAGGAUCCCCCUUUGGAGAAAGAAGACCCCAAGGGUCUGUCUUUUACGGUUAUGUUUCAACAAAAGCUCUUUGGGUCCAGACUUGGUCGCUUUAUGGUAUCAACAACAAACUACUCGGUAGUUAUUCCUAUUCCUAUUCCCCCCGAUACCACAACUGGGAAUAAAGAGCCUGUGGAAACAGAAUCUGUAGAUAUGGAAGUCAGUAUCCCGAAUCCUCCCCCCUCGACAGGAUCUAUUGUUAUUACAGGAAAAGAAGCCACGAUUCCGACAUUGGUCACUCUUGCUGCUUCAUUUCCCCGGUUCCAACAUCCUUUUGCUGUGACAAGUAUUCCCAAGAGCCCUUUUCAGACAGGGGUUGCGUUUGAUGAAGAAGCGCUAGAUAAGGCUCGAUCAUGUUUGAUGGAUGGAAUGCACCUGUUGAACGAGGUGUCUAGACGCGCAAGGGCGCGUACAGAGCAGCUUUCUCAGCGUCAAAUCGUGUUUGAGGAAGCUUUGGAAGGGUUGAAGCGACUUCAGACCCUUCACGAGCAAACAGAAGAAGAAGCUAAGGGGUUGAGGGAAGAGGUAGCCGGUUUGUCAGGGAGAAACCAAAAUUUGGUGAGAGAUUUGAAUCAAGCCAUCUAUCAACAGGGGGAGUUGAAAAAGUUGAAUCAAGAUCUACAACUAAAAUUGGAUGAUGUUGUGAGCCGCCGCGUAUCUGCCGUCAAAAAACUCGAGGGUAUCUCUCAGCAGUACCAUUCACUGAAGUCGUAA